AUGCCUGAUUGUGAGACUCUGCCUACUUUCAAUGCUCUGGACGCUGUGCAUAAUAGAGGGAUAAUAAUAGCAUCGGACGGUGCCGAGUAUGAAAAAAUCGCAAAAUUUAGUCCAGUAGACGCCACUACAAAUCCCUCUCUGGUUUUUGCUGCCGUAUCAACUGCAAAAUAUUCAUAUCUCAUUGAUGAUGCCGUCACCUACUCCUUGCGUAGCCUCUCGCCCAAGUCUCCGACAGUGGAUGAGAUAGUUGAAUUGGCCUUGGAUCAUCUGCUUGUUCGCGUUGGCGCCGAAAUUUUGUCCAUCAUUCCAGGUCGUGUCUCCAUAUCCGUCGAUCCUCGACUUGGUUUUUCCUACGCUGGCAUUCUAUCAAAGUCAAGAGCGCUGAUCAAACUCGUUGAAGAACUGCACAUUCCUAGAACGCGCAUCCUCAUAAAAAUUCCUGCCACUCCCGAAGGAAUUCAUGCUGCGCAUACCCUCGAAUCAGUCGACGGAAUACAUACCAAUCUCACUCUGAUUUUCAGCCUAGUACAGGCCAUCGCUUGCGCUCAGGCUGGUGUAUCAGUGGUUUCUCCGUUCAUUGGAAGGGUCAAGGAUUGGUGGUCUGCACGCGCCAUCGCCGAAGGAAAUCCCAGCGGCCUUGACGAUCAGCCAUUACAAGACCAUCCGGGUAUUGCACUGGUACGCCGUAUCAAGGAAACAUACACGCGUUGCGGAUACUCAACACAGAUAAUGGCCGCUGGGUUCCGCAAACCAGAGGAAAUCGUCGAAUUAAGCCGAUACGGAAAGAAAGGAGGCGCCGACCUGGUAACACUUCCCCCGGAUUUACUUGAAGGACUUAUGAAGUUGGAUGGAAACCUUGAUCUUAGGAGCGAUUCGACUCAACCAACUCCGUUGACGGAGUUGCCAAAUCCACCUCCCAUAUACUUUUCUCCAAAUGGACCUACACACGAGGGCGCUAUUUUGUUUGAGCGCGAUUCGAAGCAGGAGGCGAUAUCUCUCGACAAAGUACCCGAAGGUCUCGCCAAAUUUAGUAUCGACGCCGUGAAGUUGGAGACGAUGGUACGAGAUAGGGUUCAGCAAUUUGCCCACGCUCGGUUGCCAGAUGUGGUGUCCAUUACUUCGGACGUCUUUCAAGAAAGUAGAGGCCGCCUUCCUGGAGAUGGCGCAGCAGUAUCGAGAAGGAGAAAGAGCGUUUCCGUGAAUUAG